AGCUUCUAAUGUACAAUAUGUACUCACUCAAUCUUACUUAAUAGCCUUUACAUAAUACAUUUACAAUGUGUACUCAGUCUACUCACUCAUUCUCUCCCUCUAUGUCUCUGUCUCUGUUUCUCCCUCUCUCUCCUACUAUUAGGAGCAAGGAUGCCCACUAUCAUAGGUAUACCAAAGUUUCUGUGGGAGCUAGUGACAAAGUGUUGGGCACAACAACCUGUUGAUAGACUGUCCUUUGAUGGGAUUUUAAAGAAACUAAAGGGAGUACCGUACAAAUUUAAAAAUGAACCACUAUUAACUUGUCGAAGGAGUAAAACUGAAGUGGAGAAGCCACCACCAUCAUCAGACAUACAUCAGAUCAGAAGACCAGGCUCUCAUCCUCCUAAUCAGAUGGUUGUUGCCUUUGAUCCUGACAGUUUUAAAGUUGAUGAUAAUUUUGAAAGUACUUCUGACGAUAUGUUAGUGUCUAUUGAGCCAAAACAAGCCAAUCCUUCAUGUUGAUGGACUUGAUCCUGAUUAACAAGUACCGUAUGUAGAACAAAGGUUUAAGAUGCUGUAUGAGAUGGGGCAGUUAGAUCAAAAGAGGAUUGAGUUAGAGAGUGAGCUUCAUAGUGAAGAAUGAAAAAGUACAAAAUCAACAACAUCUCUUCAUCGCUACAAUUCAAUACUACAAGAAAA